AUGCCCCUAUCACAUCUGUUAUGUGAAACGAUGGAUAGAAUACCACCACAAUAUGAUUACUAUAACACAACUGAUGAACCAUGGUUGUCUGAUAAUAUGCCAAUUACAAAUGAAAGUUCUUCGGGAUCUGAUGAAUUGUAUUCCACAUUUACCACACCGGUUUCUCCAAUUGAACAAUCUACAAGUUUGAAUGCGAUUAAAUUAAUGGACAAAUUAAAUGAACAAUGCUCCAAAGAACGAAACAAGUGCGAGAACUAUGUUUUGCCAUCUUCGUCGAGUAUGAGUUUCACCGACGCGGAUAGCUUGCACCCGUUGUCGGCUCAUUCAAGGUUCCAAUUAUCCGACAUGCCAAUAGAACUACAGCCGGAAAAGUCAUUAGAAAAACGCUCGUGGUUCUUUUUGGCUUGGGUCACUAGUCUGGACUUCAUCAUCGAACCUCAGAGCUUAUGUUACGUGGCAUGGUUAAGCCUCGUUACCAUGUGCUACCUGUACAAUUGUUGGGUGAUACCGUUGCGUAUAACAUUUCCUUAUCAGACACCGGAAAACCUAUGGAAGUGGAUGUUGCUAGACUAUUGCACGGACGCGAUCAAUUUGCUGGACACGUUUGUGAUUAAACCGCGUAUUAUGUACCUUAAGGACGGGUUUUGGGUGCGUGAUCUGAAACUCAUUGAAGUCAACUAUUUGGAAAAACUUCAAUCGAAAUUGGACAUCAUUUCUCUUUUGCCGGCUGACUUGAUAUGUCUAACACCAGGAUUUACUUCAGAAAUGUUACCUUUGAUGAGACUAAACAGAAUUAUUAAGAUUCAGACGUUUUGGGAAUUCUUCGAUCAUUUCGACAGUGUUUUGUCGUCGCCGUAUGUAGUCCGAGUAACAAGAACAUUGACAUACAUGGUCUACUUAGUGCAUUUGAACGCGUGUGCGUAUUACUAUGUUUCGGUUAAGGAAGGGCUUGCUACGAACAAUUGGGUGUUCAACGGUCAGGGAAACGCGUACAUACGCUGUUUUUUCUUCGCCACAAAGACAGCAACGUCCAUUGGGAAAAAUCCACACCCGGAAAACGAAGCUGAAUACUUGUUCAUGACUGCUAGCUGGCUGAUGGGCGUUUUCGUAUUUGCAAUUUUAAUUGGACAGAUUCGUGACAUAAUAGCAACGGCCACCAGAUCUCAAACCGAAUAUAGGAAACUGCAAGACGAGACGUUAGAAUACUUGAGGAAAUUGAACAUACCUCCACGGAUACGAGAACGAGUUGAACAGUGGUUUUCGUUCACUUGGGAACAACAAAGAACCUUAGACGAAAAUCGUAUUUUGGACUCUCUGCCGCAUAAAAUGAAAACUGACGUAGCCAUCAACGUGCAUAUGAAGACGCUGAACAAGGUGCAGUUGUUCAAAGAUUGCGACAAAGCACUACUGCGUGAGCUGGUGUUAAAAUUGCGUCCGAUAUUGUACUUGCCGGGCGAUUAUAUAUGCCGCAAGGGCGAGGUCGGCAAAGAGAUGUACAUUGUAAAAACCGGACAAGUCCAAGUAGUCGGCGGUGAACACGACGACGAAGUGUUAGCCACGCUCACAGAAGGUUCGGUGUUUGGCGAAAUCAGCUUAUUGAGCCUGUGCGGUACUAAUCGGAGGACGGCGGACGUCAGGUCUCACGGAUUUUCCAAUAUUUUUGUUCUGAGCAAAGAAGAUCUUAACGAAGCUAUCAAGUUUUACCCGAACGCCCAAGAAAUACUGAAACGCAAAGCAAGGGAGCUGAUUCAGCAAAAUGCAGCAAGAGAACAUAGGCAAAUACCUAAUGAAUUAUUGGACGACCAAUACGGAAACAGCACGGAAAACUUAAUGCGAGUUUUAUAAAUUUACUCGAGUAUUUAAAAAUCGACACCACACUUAACUAUAUUAUUAUAUAAAAUAUAAUAAUAAUAAUAUGUAAACAAUUAUUUCCAUAAUUAUAAUACAUCUACACAUAGGUAAUACAGUAUAAGAAUACAAAAAAUGUCAAUAUUUAUAUCUAAAUGUACCAGUGACGUUCCUAGACCCAUUUUUAGGGCAUAAGGAAACUAAAUAAGAUAGGUUUUAGCAUAUUAUAGUAUUAAAUUGCUUAUUGUAAAAUAAUAUAUAUUUAUUUUUAUAUAAGUAAAUAUGUUUUAAAGGAUGUAUUAAUUACACACGUGUGUUGUGUUCACGUGAUUACUAACGCAUAAAAAACGUAGCAAAUCUUACGUUCAGAAUAAUAUAAAUCUGACACUUUAGUUAAUUUAUUAGUAUAAUGAUAUGUGACAAUAUAUUUUAAUAUUUACAUCAGAAUAAAUAUGAAAUUCCGAGUGAAAUACGGAAUUUCCAAACUAA